AUGGCUGCCGCUUUGAUUGGACAUGCUUUUAUAUCCGCUUUCAUCCAGGUGCUGUGUGAGCGCAUUGCUUCAACCGACUUUGGUGACUUGUUCCGACAGAAGAAGCUGGAUGAACCACUCCUCAUGAAACUGAAGAUGACGCUGCUCACCCUUUGUGCAGUCCUCAAUGAUGCGGAAGAGAAGCAAAUUUCAAACCCUGCCGUGAGAGAAUGGCUUGAUGAGCUCAAGCACGCUGUCUUUGACGCGGAGGACUUACUGGAUGAGAUCGACACUGAAGCUUUGCGAUGCAAGGUGGAAGAAGUUGUUGGGAGGAAGGUUUCACAAAGAACUCCAACAACUUCCUUGAUUCAUGAACCUUUUGUAUAUGGAAGAGACAAGGAUAAAGAAAAUUUAUCAAAAGUCUUGUUCUCUGAUGAUGCAAGCGAGGAUAAUGUAUCUAUCAUCACCAUUGUUGGUAUGGGCGGGGUUGGCAAGACGACCCUUGCUCGAGUCAUUUACAAUGAUGACAAGGUGAAGGAGCACUUUACCCUUAAAUCUUGGGCAUGUGUUUCAGAAGAUUAUGAUGCUAUUAGGGUGACUAAAACUCUUCUCGAGUCAGUCACUUCAACACCUUGUAAUAUGACAGAUUUGAAUUUGCUUCAAGUUGAACUUAGAGAACAACUGAGGGGAAAGAAAUUCUUAUCUGUGUUGGAUGACCUUUGGAAUGAGAAAUAUUUUGAUUGGAAGUGCCUGCAAACUCCUUUUACUUCCGGGGCAAGAGGAAGUAAAGUCAUCGUGACAACACGAAGUGAAAAUGUCACAUCUCUCAUGAAAAAUGUUCCCAUUCAAUACUUGGAACCUUUGUCACAUGAAGAUUGUUGGAUGUUACUUGCAAAACAUGCAUUUAGAAAUGAAAACCACAAUGCACAUCCAACUUUGGAAGAACUUGGCAAGAAAAUUGCACGCAAGUAUUGUUUGUCCUUGCCAAGUUUUGGGCAGCUACCCACUCUUAAAGAGCUAUGUAUCAUAAGGGUGGAAUUUGUUAGGACGAUUGGUUAUGAGUUCUAUGGUGAUCGUAAUGGAGCUUCUGUAAUUCAGCCCUUUCAGUCUCUGAAGACGCUAAAGUUUGAGGAGAUGCCAGAGUGGGAGGAUUGGCUGCCGAGUCCAAGUGGAGGUCAAUGUUCAGACUUUCCGUGUCUCCAGGAGAUGAGAAUAAGGAAUUGUCCGAAGCUGAGAGGAUACUUGCCUAAUCGUCUUCCUUGCUUGAAAACACUUAGGGUGUCUGGGUGUGAAUUUCUACAUCUGCAUGAUGAAUGGGCCACUACUAGUAGCAGCACCAGUAGUCUUAACAUGGACUACUUACAGAAUUCGUUAGAAAUACAUAUUAAUGGAUGCCCCGGUCUGUUACCGUUAAUAGAGAGAGUAGAGAAGAAGUUCUUGUCCACACUUGGCAUUUUUAAUUUUGCUGCAAUACAGUGCUUGCCCAAAAUGCAGUAUCUUGAACGCUUGACUCUCAGCAAUUGCCCAACCAUGUCGUCAUUAGAGUUCCUAUCACAUGAGAUGAUGGCCGAAUUGACAUCACUUGAGUAUUUGGAUAUAGAAAAGAGUUUUUGUUCGGUGAGGUCGUUCCCGUUGGGCGUUUUCCCCAAACUUUCAACUCUUGCAAUCAAUGGUUGUGAGAUUCUGGAAUCCUUUUCUGUUGAAGGAUAUUUGUAUGUUAGAAAUUGCGACAGAGUGAGGCCUUCAGUGGAGUGGGGAUUGCAAGGACUUGUCUCGCUUAGACAAGUUAGCAUUGGUGGCGAGAUAUGGGCAAUGUUGCUCAAGGAACAGCUGCUCCCUACUACUCUUAACUCUGUCCGCAUCACUGGACUAUCAAGUCUGAAAUCGUUGGACGGAAAAGGACUUGAACACCUCACUUCUCUUCAACAGGUAUCCAUUUCGCAGUGUCCAAAUCUUCAGCUCCUGCCAGAAGACGGUUUGCCACCAUCUCUUUCUUUCUUGGAGAUCUACUCUUGUUCCACCCUGGAGAAGAGGUAUGAGAACAGGACCGGACAACAUUGGGCCAAGAUAUCUCACAUUCCCUGCAUACAGAUAAAUGACUAA